UUUGUAUGAAGGCCAUGAAUGGGAGUUUCGAAUUUGGUCAAUAAAAAAUGUAUGUCUUAUUGGCUACGUGAGGAUUAUUUAAUCGAAUUUAUUUUCGUAAUGCUUAAAGUUGUUAGUGGACUGAUAUAGGUUGGACACGUGACAUCCUGGCAACUUUGAGAAAAAACAAUAUCGGAGUUGUCUCGAGAUGGCUAUGGAUAUUCAUGGCAUGAUGCUAGUAGCAUAGCGUCUCUCUCCAUUGAAUACAGGCGGUUUCAAAAAAGGAUAAGAAUAAUGACAUAUCCACCAAUCCUACAAAUAGGCGGGAGCUAGACAUCCCUCCGUUACUCUUUGUGGAAAUCUACUCCCAUUGUUAGGGCGAAGAGACAUGUAUCUUGUCAGUAUAUCCAUCAUAUUUGGUUUGAGCAAUACUUUCAGUUCCGCCAUUGAUGGAGUGUCUGAAGAAAACUAGUUUGUCACGUUUUGUUCUUAAGAAAUACUCGACGUCUGUAUUUCCACAGUUUAAUUUGGUGUCGUGUUAAUACAGACUGUUGUUACAUCUACAUUAUUGGAUUUGCAUAUACUAUACGCAGAACUUGUCAAUUCUCCUCUGUCGUUAGCAGCUCCGUGUAGCUACCUCUAUCGUGACAGUGCCAGUCACGCAAACCUAGCGAGCGUGCCGUGCACGGGUGCGUGGAUCCAAUAUUCUCCUGGUUCCCAACCCAAUAGCUCAGCACUGCCAGCAGCGCGUGGUUGAAGAUUUGGAUAACGACUCAUGUUCUGCGCAAUUUCAGUUUGAAUAAUCAUAAGAACCACUGCUCUGCUACCUAGAAUACGCCCACCACCAAGACUAGUCCUGGUACAACUGUAUCGGUGAACGGGGGCACGGGAAACGUGAUUCAGGACGGAGUACCCGACGGUGGCACGAGCAGCAGUGAGGCGAGAAUGCAAGGGACGAUUAAUCCGAAAGGCGAUAAUAAAAUAGAACAGCUAUCCGAUUUAUUGGAAGAAAAUAUCAACCAGCAUCCUACGGGGAAGGGCAGUAGUGGUGCCGGGAUUGUGGGUGGCACUGCAUUCGGUAGCUGGAGAGGAAGGGAGAGAGAAUACGAAUUUGGGAACAGACGGAGGGGAGACAACCGAGCGAGCACUUUCGGUUUUAACCGCAGUUUAUUGAGUAUUAGCUGCAACUCUACGGUGCACGAAACUGGAUGCCGUAGAGUUGGUUACACGGACACGCCUUGGAAAACCAGGAACUACGCUGCAGGGAUUUUGGGGCUCCAUGAGGAAAUCCAGGACUUCUAUGCCUACAUGUCUCCGCGGCCGGAGGAGGAGAAGAUGAGGAGGGAGGUGGUGGAGAGGAUAGAGAGGGUCAUUAAGGACCUUUGGCCCACUGCUGACGUUCAAGUAUUUGGAAGUUUCAGCACGGGUCUCUAUCUACCCACCAGUGACAUUGACCUGGUGGUGUUUGUGAAGUUCAGGGAAGGAGACACCCUCCCUCUGUGGAGGUUAGAAGAGGCGCUGAGGAAACACAAAGUGGUGGAGGAGAAUUCUGUCAAGGUGCUGGACAAGGCCACGGUGCCAAUCAUCAAACUGACAGACUCUCUCACGGAGGUCAAAGUUGACAUCAGUUUCAACAUGAAGAAUGCUGUCAAAGCUGCUGCCCUCAUCAAAGAUUAUAAAAAGAAAUAUCCUGUGCUUCCGUACCUGGUGCUAGUCCUGAAGCAGUUCUUAUUACAAAGAGACAUGAAUGAAGUGUUUACAGGAGGCAUCAGUUCCUACAGCCUCUUCCUCGUUGCUGUCAGCUUCUUACAGCUCCAUAGCAGGGAGAACGCAUGCAGUCCCAACGCCAACACUGGUGUCCUACUCAUAGAGUUCUUUGAGCUGUACGGCCGCCAUUUUAACUACCUGAAGACGGGGAUCCGGAUCAAGGACGGAGGCUGCUACCUCUCCAAAGAUGAGGUCCAGAAGAGCAUGCUGGAUGGAUACAGACCUUCCCUGCUCUACAUUGAAGACCCACUGCAGCCAGGUAAUGAUGUGGGUCGUAGCUCAUACGGGGCCAUGCAGGUGAAGCAGGUGUUUGACUAUGCCUUCAUGGUGCUGAGCCACGCUGUGUCGCCCAUCGCUAAGUACCACUUCAACAACCACGGCGAGAGUAUACUGGGCAGAAUCAUCCGGGUGACUCAGGAAGUUGCUGAAUACAGAGACUGGAUCACCAUGAAGUGGGCUGCCCUAUCACUGAACUCCCUGGCCUUAAACGGUAAUGUCACGUUGCUGGUGGAUGUUCAGGAGAUGGAGGAAUGCAUCAACAAUCUCUCUGAGGAAGGGGCAGAGUCCCCCAGCUCCUCCUCUCCUCCCCCCUCUUUGUCAUUCUCCUCGCCACAUUCUUCUUCAGCUAGCUCCAGUGACGCUGAUUCGGACGGAAUCCGCUGUAAACCGGUGACUACGACGCGGGGUAGGCGAGGCUCAUCUGCACCCAGUGCUGGAUUGACCAAUCACAGGGAUACAAGUUUCUCUUCCAGCAGCCGCGUAAGCCAGUCGAACAAGAGCACGGUGGACAGAGCGAGUUUGACGUCUUGUCAGAACAGCCAUGCCAACAAACAGCCAAGCACAGGAACAGGACAGUCAUCAGGCAGCAACAGCAGGAGCCACCGAGACAGAAAGCAGAGCUGUCCUGGCAGGAGGAGGAAACCCCAGCCAAAGCACCAAUGUAAACCUGCAGUGCAGGACCUCUGUAGAUAGGGGGCGCUAUGUCACGGAACUCAACUCCACUCUCUGCCGCUGAAAGGGAAGGAUCGAGGCAAUCUUAGCAGGGCUUUUGGUAGUGAUAUUUUUUAAGCCAAGUUGGAAGGAGAUUUCUCCUAUUUCUGUCAAUUGAAAGGGCAGAUUGACGCCACCCACGUCUUGAGGGCAUAGUCUUUCUGUAAUAUGAAUAUGGAGGAAGGUUGUCAAGCCUGAACUUUAGCAUUGGCAGUACACCCUGGUGCAUUGGACUAGCAGUUAGUUGGGUCUCUAUUACUUACUGGCAAUUCAACUUUACAGCAGAAAUUACAAGGAAAAAUGUAUGGUUAAACUGGAUAUUAUUACUAUAUUGGGUAAAAUGUUUGCACUAACAAAACGAGUCAUUGAACAUUUAAGCUUUUUCAGCAACUCAUCUCAUUCGUUUGUGAUUUUCAAAAGGCAAAAUGGUGGGGAAAGGAAGAAAAACAUUGCAAUGAUUAGGGAUUGUAUAUAUAUAUAUUUUUUAUCAAGCUGAAUGAAUAUUGUUUUUCCAUCUCUUGUGGACUGUGCCAAGUGUGGGUUGUAAGUGGCAACUCCAACCAUCAGCAGAAUACAUCCUUGAGUUGCUACAGGACAAAUGGACCUGUUUCCUUGCAUAAUGGGGAGGAUUUUUGUAAUGAUCUGUAAAAUGGCUAUUUCACAAUACUGUUUAAUCGCGUAAUGGCGAACAGUUUCAUGUUCCUACUGGUAGAAUAGACAAUAUCUGUAGUUUGCAAACUUCCUAAUAUGAAAAUAUCAGUACUCAACUAUUUUGCCUAUUACAAAGUGAUUUGUAUUUGUUUCUGUAUUUAUUUUUGUAGUAUCUUUAUAUGAAUCUAUAAUGUGAAGGGUGUAUGCAUGGAACGCUUAGCAAUAGCCCGUAUGCCUGUUUAAGAGAUGGUUGUGAUGCACAUUUUGUACUGAAUAUCUCAGACACAGGCUGUGUCCUAAUAGUCAUACAAUUUCCUUAACUUAUCUGGGCUGGGAGGUGUCCAACACUUUGCUUUCUCUUCCUGUCUAGGCCUUAGCCCUUUAGCGUUCACAGAUCUAAAAGGAUCGGACUAGAUGUAAGCAAUAUGGUGAUGGGACCUCCUAGCUUUUAAAGAGGCUGAGUGCAGCUUCUACCAAGUUGCUUUCAUCCAUACAAUCCUUUCAAAUCCACAAAAAGAAUAUGGACCUAAUUUUGACAUUACAAAUAUAUUGUCAUAAUGUUAAUUGAGAACAUAAUACACAUUUUGCUCGUAACUGUAUUUAUUUAAACGUUUCUGAAUGUUUAGACAGCACUUUUUAUGUUGUCCAAAUGCCACCAUAUAAGGGUAGGGUUGGGCCGCUGCUUGUCCUGGAGUUAGCAAGUCUCUUUGACAUCCCUCUCCACGAUUAGUACGUUCCCAAAUUUUCUUCUCACAAAACAUUUUGUAUGCAGUUCAGUUGUAUACAGACAUUUGUUCCAACCUUCAAGAUACUUUUGUAUAUAAAGUAUAUGUGGACACUCCUUCAAAUUAGUGGAUUCGGCUAUUUCAGCCACAUCUGUUGCUGACAGGUGUAUAAAAUUAAGCACAGAGACAUACAAUCGCCAUAGACAAACAUUGGCAGUUGAAUGGCCUUACUGAAGAGCUCAGUGACUUUCAUCAUGGAACCGGCAUAGGAUGCCACCUUUACAACAAGUCAGUUCAUCACAUUUCUGCCCUGUGAGAGCUGACCUGGUCAACUGUAAGUGCUUUUAUUGUGAAGUGGAAAUGUCUAGGAGCAACAACGGCUCAGCCGUGAAGUGGUAGGCCACACAAGCUCACAGAACAGGACAGCCAAGUGCUGUAGCACGUAGAAAUCGUCUGUCCUCGGUUGCAACACUCACUACCAAGUUACAAACUGCCUCUGGAAGCAACGUCCGCGCAAAAACUGCUCGUAGGGAGCUCCGUGAAAUGGGUUUCCAUGGCCGAGGAGCCGCACACAAGCCUAAGAUCACUAUGCUCAAUGCCAAGCGUCGGCUGGAGUGUUGUAAAGCUUGCCGCCAAUGGACUCUGGAGCAAUUGAAACACGUUCUCUGGAGCAAUGAAUCCUGCUUCACCAACUGGCAGUGUGAUGGACAAAUCUGGGUUUGGUGGAUGCCAGGGGAACGCUCCCAGCCCCACUGCAUAGUGCCAACUGUAAAGUUUGGUGGAAGAUGGCUAAUGGUCUGGGGUUGUUUUUCAUGGAUUGGGUUAGUCCCCUUAGUUCCAGUGAAGGGAAAUCUUAAUGCUACAGCAUACAAUGACAUUCUAGAUGAUUCUGUGCUUCCAACUUUUGUGGCAAUGGUUUUGGGAAGGCCCUUUCUGUUUCAGCAUGGCAAUGCCCUCGUGCACAAAGCGAGGUCCAUACAGAAAUGGUUUGUUGAGAUUGGUGUGGAAGAACUUGACUGGCCUGCACAGAGCCCUGACCUCAAACCCAUCAAACACCCUUGGGAUGAAUUGGAACGCUGUCUGCGAGCCAGGCCUAAUCGCCCAACAUCAGUGUACGACCUCCCUAAUGCUCGUGGCAGAAUGGAAGCAAGUCCCUGCAGCAAUGUUCCAACAUCUAGUGGAAAGCAUUCCCAGAAGAGAGAAAGCUAUUUAUUAUAGCAGUAAAGGGGGACCAACACCAUAUUAAUGCCCAUGAUUUUGGAAAGAGAUGUUUGACGAGCAGGUGUCCACAUACUUUGUCAUGUAGUGUAGCUUGUUAUUUUACAAGUGAUAAUAUGGACCAAUGAGAGGAUGUUGUGAAAUAAAUUACAUUUCCCAUUGUC